GUCACACUGUUGGUGUCAAACAGAAAACAUUGGACACGCAAUUUGCAAAAUAUUUUUUUUCUGGAUUUUUCGGCGUAAAAAGGUGUUUUGAAAAGACUAAAAACACUCGUUUGGCUUCAGCUACGGUGAGAGUUUUGUUUGUUAAUUGAAUUAUUGCUGGAGUGGUGCUGAAGAAGCGUGUAGAAAGUGAUUUUUUUUGUUAAUAGUCUCUCCAUAAGUUUCUUUUCGUGGAAUCCAUUUUGUUUUCUUGACCGUGUGCGCGUCCUUCCUCAAUGAGAAAACGCCCCAUUGUUAGAAAAAAUUCCCCUUUUUGGGCCCUCAAUGCGUAAUCCCCAGCAAGGGUGCUUCACUGUGGAAGAGUUUUCGGUAAUGUGAAUGAUCUUGUGAGGGUGGAUUCUGUGCUUGUAAAUUCAGGGAAAUUACUUGAGUAUGCCGGUCCCGGCAAUGGCGUGGCUGCCGGAACAAAGAGCCCCAAAGUGACGGAAGAGAUUUCUUUUUUUUUUUCAUUUUAUUUUUUGUUUGUUAAGUAAUGUUUAUUUUUUUGCAAAGGGACGUGCUUUUUGUAUAAGAGUAAUUUCCCAAAUAUUUCACACAGAAAAGUUUUCCAAAGAAGAUUGUUCAAAGAACUCGGUGCUGAUGUGUUGGUUCGAUGAAUGUGUGUGUGUGUGUUAGUUUCACCAAAAUUUCCACCUCUGUGUGGACAAAAAAAAUCUGUGGGAAAAACUUUUCUUUAGCAAAAAAGAAAGUAAAAUAGUUUAGUUUUUCUUAUCCAGCAAAAAUGGGUGAAAAUUUUGUGGGAAGUUGAAGAAAAUCUGUGCAUGAUAGUAUAGUGAGAAUUAAGUUUUAUUAGUUUUGUGUGCCUUUCCCAAAGAGGAUUCACGGAGCUGCUCUAUCUCUGAUAAAAGGUGUUUUUGUAAGAAAUUUCAGCUAAAAAAUUUAACAUUAUUCAUCAUUGAUCAACCACAUAAAAUCAACAAUCUAAGAAGAAGAAGAAGGCAGAAGAUUGUCUUAUCAAUCCCAAAUUCAUUGCAAAGCUCAGCUUUAGAAGAAACAAACAAACAAAAAGAUAAACAAAGAGAAAGGAAAUAGGAAAAAAAAGGAAGAGACUGGAUAAUUGGGCAAAAGGCUUACUCUCAUGAGUGGCGUAAGACCCAACGAUCGAAUUACUGUGAAGAUCCAUAAUAUGAAACGUAGUGCAUCUCGUGAUUCGCCACCACGAUCAAAGAGACGCACAAGUAUGGGACGCUACGAUGAUAGUUCGGACGAGAGAAUGACGCCGGAGCGCGUGAGACGUCGCAUGGCACGCUCACCGAGUCCACGUCCUCGGUACAUGUCGCCCCAUCGCGAUGAAUAUAUUCGGGCAAGGGAAAUGCCACCAGAGCGGUAUUCCUACAAGGUACUCUGUGUGAGUGCACUGCAUCCAAAGGCUUCGGAUGAAUUCAUCAAGGAGACCCUGUACAGGGAGUACAAGAAGUUUGGUGACUUUUCCAUUCGUAUCUCGCACGAUUUGGAAGAGAGAGUUGCCUACGUUUGCUUCCGGACGUCUGAGGAUGCGCGUGAGGCGAAGCACGCUAAGCCACGGAUUAUUCUCUACGACAAGGUGGCUAUUGUGGAGCCAGUCUACGAAUCGGCAAGGCAUGAGUAUCGUGUUAGACCACGAAGCAUUACUCCUGAGUACGAUCGUCACUACUAUUCGCGUUCCCCAGGGCCAGAGAGGCGUCGCCCCAUUGAUCCCUACGACAGUAGGUACGGCCCUCCGCCUGUGGUGAUGCAUCAUCCACGAGAUUUUGCUCCAAUGGGACAUGAGUACAUGCCAAGGGGUCCACCGAUGCAUCAUGUACCCAUUCAUCCUGGUGGUCCACCACACCAUCCACGUCACUAUGCACCACGACACAUGGUGCCCAGACCCCAUGUUCCCUUUGAGAAGCCUGAGAAUAAAAAGGAUAAAUUCCCCAACUACUUACACCACAUCCAACCAGAGGAUGAUCCUCUCUCCACCAGGACUCUCUUUGCUGGGAAUCUCGAGAUAAAUAUCAGCGAAGAGGAGCUGAGACGCAUUUUUGGGAAGUAUGGCAUUGUGGAGGAUAUUGACAUAAAGCGCCCACCACCGGGAACGGGGAAUGCCUUUGCUUUUGUGCGCUUCCAAAAUCUCGAUAUGGCCCAUUUGGCGAAGGUUGAGCUGUCGGGGCAGUACAUUGGGAAGUUCCAAUGCAAAAUUGGCUAUGGCAAAGCAACACCGACAACACGCAUUUGGGUGGGUGGUCUCGGGACGUGGACAUCAGUGACGCAGUUGGAACGGGAAUUCGAUAGGUUUGGUGCCAUCAAGAAGAUUGAGUACCAAAAGGGGGAUACAAGUGCGUACAUUUUGUAUGAAUCAAUUGAGGCAGCUCAGGCGGCAGUGAAGGAGAUGCGGGGAUUCCCACUAGGUGGACCUGAGAGGCGUCUUCGUCUUGAUUUUGCCGAUGUGGCGGGAUCUAUGCCAUUCCGACCGAAACCCCCGGCGCCGGGGUACGAAGGUUCCGAGGGGAUGGACUUUAGGCGUGUCCCCACGGAAUAUCCGGAUAUGGGUUAUGAAGAAGGAAGCGGUGGUGGUGGGUUUGGCUAUGGCGGUCGUGGGGGGUAUCGCGGACGAGGUGGUGGCAUGUACAGAGGACGUGGAGGCUAUCGUGGUGGGUAUCACAAUGAUGGCCAUAGGCCAGAGGGUGGUGAAGAGUGGCGCCGAGCUCCGGCUGAUCUUGAGUACGAUUCCCAUCGUGGUAGGCGUUCCAUCUCGCGUGAGCCAGGUGUUGAUCGUUCACGUUCACGCUCACCACGUCGUAGGAGCCCGGAUACCGAUUCGGAUUCCUCAUCACGUCGUGCUGGGAUGUUGUGUUCGGCACGUACACUCCCGGAAGUUGCACGGAAAUGCACAACACUGUGGCAGGGAGCACUCAUUCUCAAGUCUUCCCUCUUUCCGGCCAAAUUUCAUCUCACCGACGGCGAUACGGACAUUGUGGAGGGGCUCAUGAAGGAUGAAGAUGGAAAGCAUCAUUUGCGCAUUACGCAGCGCUUGAGACUUGAUCAGCCGAAAUUGGAGGAUGUUCAGAAGAGAAUCUCAACGUCAUCCUCGCAUGCAAUCUUCCUCGGUAUGCCCGGGUCGACGUCAUCAGUGACAAAUGACGAUGCGGGUGUACAGACACGCCCAUUGCGCAAUUUGGUGUCGUAUUUGAAGCAAAAGGAGGCAGCUGGUGUGAUUUCUCUGUUGAAUAAGGAAACGGAGGCAACGGGUGUACUGUAUGCCUUCCCUCCGUGUGACUUUUCAUCUGAGCUAAUCAAGCGCACUUGCCACAAUGUCACGGAAGAGGGAUUGAAGGAAGAUCAUCUUGUGAUUGUGGUGGUUCGUGGUGGGACUGCAUAAAAACACGCACACACAACAACUGCUUCGUCUAAUAAAUAAAAGAUUCCUUUUCAGCACACAUUUUAUUAGUGGUGGUGUUUGCCGAGAAAUGCAGUGAAGUGGAGAAAUUGUAAUAAUUUCGUGAAUUCCUCAAUGUUUUUAAUCAAAGAAAACAACUCUUUUUAUCUGCUACUAAAAAAGUGUUGCUAAUACAUUCGUGUGUAAGUUUUAUUAUUGAAAAAAAAGAGUAUAAUGGCUAUAGAAACAUGUUUCUAAUUUCUCAAAAAAAAAGAAUAAGAAACAAAUUGUGUAGAAGUAUUCCUAUCAAAAAAAUAAUAUGAGAUAAAUUACAAAAAAAAUAUGCAGUUUUGCAGAGUUUUUUUUUAAUUAGUUCAAGUUUCAGUUUAAUUUUUUAUUCAGUUUUAAUGAUUUUUUUUUUAAUUUGUAAAAGAAGUUCUCAAUAAUAGUGCAAAGAAACCCGAGUGAUGUUCAACAAAAUAGUAAAAGAAUUAUUGGAAAAAAAAUUCUUUUGAAAAUGUGAAAGAAUGAAGUUGUUUAUGAGUUUUGUGAUGAAAAAAUUAGAAGGAAUUUGGUUUUUUUGGUUUAAAAAAAAUGGUUUGAAAAAGACACUGAAAGAAAAGUUUUUCACCCGCAAAAACAAAAAGGAAAAAUAGUUAAAACUGUGCAUUGGUGAGUUUCAGUUGAAAGUUUAUCAUGAUAAUGAAAAGAAAAAAUUGCGAAAAAUAACAAAAUUAUGGUAAAGAUUAUGAAGUAAAAUUAGUUCUUAAUAGUGAAGUAAUAAUCUUAUUUGAUGAGUUUUCUUUUCUCUAAAGAAAAGCUCAUAGUUGUAUUGAGUAAGAAGUGGAAGGAGAUUAGUUUUAAAAAGUUCUCUCCCAGACAGCAUAAUAUCCUUCAAAAUUUAUUGCAUAAUAAACAUUUAACAUAAUCUUAUUCAUUAUAAAUUGCAUUAUGCAGAAAUUUUUAGGAAUUUAAAACAGUUUAUAAUAAUAAUUAAAUAAUCAAGUAAUAUGUGACGAAAAAAAAGAUUAAUUUGUAUCCGAGGACAAUUGAAGAAAAAAAAGGAAGAACAAAAAAAUAAGGAAAAGAAAAAGUUUAUGCGCAGGAAAAAGUAUCAAAAUGAAAAUGAAAGAGUGGAAGUUUAGAGUUCUUUUUUUUGUGUUUCGAUGAAAGUUAAUUAUCACCUCUCCAAGUUAUCUUUUUUAUCUCACGUGCAGUGUUCGUAAAUUACAGCAAAAAAAAAAGUUUUUACUGUGCACAAGAAAAAAGUUCUUUGAAUGUUCCGAUGAAGAUGGUUUUUUGAUGAUGAUGAAAAAUGAAUAUUAGUGAUGCGAAAGUUGAUAAAAUAUGACAAUGUUGCAUGACGAUAUGGAAGAAUGAUGUAGAUUUUGCUGAAAAUGUCUCAAAAUGUGAAAAAUAUUUUGCAAAAUACUACAAAAUUUUGAAAUAUCGUCUCACAUAUUUACGAACACUACAAUGGAGUUUUUUCUUUAUGUUGUUUUUUAGUUUAGUGUGAGGUGUAAAGCGCAGAAUGAUGCUAAAUUUUUUUUCCGAAAGAAAAUAAGUUUAUUUUUUAGUGCUUUGCUGUGUAAUUUGCAUUACGCAAUUUCCCUGUGUUUCUGUGUGUGUAAAAUUAAAUAUUCUUUUUGGGAUUCUUUGACCAAGGAUACAAAAUAAA